AACUUGAUUUGAUUUAUUAAUCAUGAUCUUUUGAUAUAUUAAUCUUAUAAAUGGAGUGACAGGCAAAAAACACUGCAAUAUCAUCUUGUGUGGUACAUAUAGUUGCAGCAGUCAUUUGAAGGAAGCUCAAACUUGUUGAUUCUUCUCAGAAAUGGCGGAAAAGAGGGUUUUACUGCUAUGUGGUGAUUACAUGGAGGAUCAUGAGGCUAUGGUUCCUUUCCAAGCACUUUUAGCCUUUGGAGUGAAGGUUGAUGCUGUCUGUCCCGGCAAGAAAACCGGAGAGUUUUGCCGCACUGCCGUUCACCAGUUUUCUAUUCAUCAGACAUUUGAUGAAUCUCGCGGCCACAAUUUUACACUCAAUGCAACCUUUGAUGAAGUCGAUUUCGGCACAUAUGAUGGUUUGCUGAUACCAGGAGGACGAGCUCCAGAAUAUCUGGCCAUGAACGAAUCUGUCCUAGAUGGCGUCAACAAAUUCUCAGAUACCGGCAAGCCGAUUGCCUCUAUUUGCCACGGACAGCUAAUCUUGGCAGCUGCAGGCGUAGUUAAAGGUCGGAAGUGCACUGCUGCCCCCCACGGAGGACCUGUACUAAUCUCUGCGGGCGCUGAUUGGGUUGAACCGCGGAAUUUUGCAGCUUGUGUUGUUGAUGGCAAUUUAAUUACUGCGGCUACUUAUUUUGGUCAUCCUGAGUUCAUUCGGCUUUUCGUGAAGGAAUUAGGCGGUAGCAUAACUGGUUCGGAUAAGAGGAUUCUGUUUCUAUGCGGGGAUUACAUGGAAGAUUAUGAGAUAAUAGUUCCUUUUCAAUCUCUUCAAGCUCUGGGGUGCCAUGUUGAUGCAGUUUGUCCAAACAAAAAGGCUGGGGAUUCUUGUGCAACUGCUGUUCAUGAUUUUGAAGGGGACCAGACUUACAGUGAAAAACCAGGCCAUCAUUUCACCCUAACAGCAUCCUUCGAAGGGUUAGACGCAUCGAGUUAUGAUGCUCUCGUUGUCCCUGGAGGCCGUGCUCCGGAAUAUUUGGCACUGGAUGAGACAGUGCUUGCCUUGGUGAAACAAUUCAUGGAAUCUAAGAAGCCAGUUGCAUCCAUUUGCCAUGGACAGCAGAUCUUAGCUGCUGCUGGUGUUCUAAAGGGAAGAAAAUGCACUGCAUACCCUGCUGUGAAGCUGAAUGUGGUGUUGGCAGGGGCAAUAUGGCAGGAACCUGACCCUAUAGAUCGUUGCUUCACCGACGAUAAUUUGGUGACUGGAGCUGCAUGGCCCGGCCAUCCAGAGUUCAUCUCACAACUCAUGGCAUUGCUUGGCAUCAAAGUCUCAUUCUAGUUGUUAUGCACCUUCCGUCAUCUUUUUCAAUCACGUAACGGGUAUUGAAUAAUUUUUAGAUCAGUUCUCAUGCGUGUGCACUCUGAAAAAUAAAUCUAGUUACUUUGACUGUUGUUUUCAAUGUCAAAGACUCAAAGUAAUAGACAAAAUGGUAGUACAAUAUUUACAUAAAUUAUGUCGACUAUAUUAACCUAUCAAUAAAUGUAAACAUCAUUCUUAUAA